CCUUUCGUUGCGCACCCGCUGCUCCUUCACUCCUCGCUGAUCCAGCCAUUAAUGCCACACCAGCAGCAUCCGCUGCCUCCCUCUCCCUCUCCCUCUCCCUUCCUCCCCCCAUUUUACUCGCCCCCAUACCCCUCUCCUCUCUCUGUCUUUCUCUUCCCCUCUUCCUCCCCCCACGCGACUGCUGGCACCACGAUCCCUGUCGAGAAUCUGGCGUCUAGCUGGACUGGGUUGAGUGCGCGAUUCGGUCUCUCAGCCCCGCGGGGGGUUCCUUUUGCGGUUUCAGGUUCUUUGCUUGAGGGAUGAGUGGAAGCAGGCCCGGCUGCAGAAAGAGGGUGAAAACUUCGUCUGCACCUGUUGCUGAUGUGCAUUAGGGGAUCUGCGGUGGUAACAUACAGCUGGAUCUCACGAGCUUGACUGAAUCGACUCUUGGAGCCUGACACAGCGCCAUGGGUUCCGGCGAUUUGAGCUCGGAGAUGAAGAGGACGGUUCUUGGCCUCACGCUCUGGGUCUGGAUUGCCAUCGGCGUGGUCGCCCUCCUCGUGGCCAUCCUGCUGAUGGUCUGCAUUUGGGUCGCCUCGCGCCGGAGGACCAAGAGAACCAUGGACAGCCUGAGGCAGACGCAGAUCCCCAUCUACUCCAAGGAGAUCCCCGUCGACCGGGUCGGCGGCGGCCGCAGCCUCGCGCAGACAAUGCACGAGCGCGAGCACCCGAGCUUCCCGCCGCAGGACAAGCACGCGAGCCGGGACCCGGCCGGGGCGACGCUGGGCCACAUGGCGCUCAGCAAGUCCUCGGAUCACGAUAACAUGAGCCAGGGGAGCUCGGUUUGCAAUGUCGAUCGUGCCGCCAGCGUGCACUCCGGUGAGGAUGGGAGCUCGGGGCCACGGAGGAAGCCCAAUUCGCCGGCGGCGUUUGUGUCUGCGUCGCCUCUCGUCGGCCUUCCCGAAUUCUCUCAACUUGGCUGGGGUCACUGGUUUACUCAGCGUGACCUUGAGCUUGCUACCAACCGUUUCUCCAAGGAGAAUGUGCUGGGAGAGGGUGGCUAUGGAGUUGUGUACCGUGGGCGCCUGGUGAACGGGACUGAAGUUGCCAUCAAGAAGAUCUUUAACAACAUGGGGCAGGCAGAGAAGGAAUUCAGAGUAGAGGUUGAAGCUAUUGGCCAUGUCCGGCAUAAGAAUUUGGUUCGGCUGUUGGGAUACUGUGUUGAGGGUGUAAACAGGAUGCUGGUAUAUGAGUUUGUGAACAAUGGCAACUUAGAGCAGUGGCUACAUGGAGCUAUGCGUCAGCGUGGUGUUUUUACCUGGGAAAAUCGCAUGAAGGUUGUAACGGGAACUGCAAAAGCGCUUGCAUACCUUCAUGAAGCUAUAGAACCAAAAGUUGUACACCGAGAUAUUAAAUCAAGUAAUAUAUUGAUUGACGAUGAAUUCAAUGGCAAGGUCUCCGACUUUGGAUUGGCUAAGCUUUUGGGCUCAGAUAAAAGCCACAUUACUACUAGAGUAAUGGGAACAUUUGGAUAUGUGGCACCAGAAUAUGCUAAUACUGGGAUGUUAAAUGAGAAGAGCGAUGUCUAUAGUUUCGGUGUUCUCUUGUUGGAAACUGUGACAGGAAGGGGUCCUGUUGACUACAGCCGAUCUUCCAAUGAGGUCAAUCUUGUUGAAUGGCUCAAAACAAUGGUGGCCAGUCGAAGGGCAGAGGAAGUGGCUGAUCCAAGCUUAGAAGUUAGGCCAUCUAUUAGAUCUCUGAAGCGGGCUCUUCUAGUGGCACUAAGGUGCGUUGAUCCUGACUCUGAAAAGAGACCCAAGAUGGGCCAGGUUGUCAGGAUGCUUGAGUCUGAAGAAGUUCCGUACCGGGAGGACCGGAGAAACCGGAGGAGUCGCACUGGAAGCAUGGAUAUUGAGUCUAUAGCAGAGGGUUCAAACUCUGCCGAGUUUGGAAAGAAGGUGGAGAGGACUGGCAGUGCAACAUCAGACCGAUCUCAGCCUUGAGGCCUUGCAAACAAAUUCUAUAUCGUGAAAAGUCUGAGAAAUGAUGUUAAUCACCAAGGUGAUUGCUGCCCUGAUAGGGUAUGUUGGUAGGUGGUGGAGGCAGGGCAAGCCCUGAUGUUACUACCUGAAUCUUAGGUCUACUAGUAUCAGGUCGAGUAGAAACAUUCUUGGAUGUAGGAUCUCCUGGUCUCCUCUCCUGUUGUCUGUACAGGUUAUAUGUUGGCGCCUAGGGAAUUCCCUUGGUUGGGUGUUUAACAAUUGGUCGGUUCUUCUGGAUCUUGCACUGUUACCUUCUCAAAUCUGGUUCCUUGCUUCUGCGGUGCUGUAUAUGAGGUUGUACUGUUAGUGUUCCUGGCUUGCAGCUUGUUAAUAUUUCUCUGGAUUUGUCUGCA